AUGACAAAUAAUGAUUCCAAAAGAGAACAUGGUGUGAAAAGAGUCAACUUGUCUAAAGAAGCCAAGAGGCUCAAAUUAGAACGAGAUGCAGCCAAAACUGAAAAUUAUAAGGCAUUAACGAGUCAAUUAUUCACUUCAAGAGAUGAUCAUCAAUUAGGAUUGUCGGAAUUCAAUGAAACUACCAAGAUCUUAUUAAUCAAUCCUGAAUUUUAUACCAUGUGGAAUUAUAGACGUGAAGUACUUAUAGAAUUACGAAAAUCAAUUGAAGUUGAACAAUAUAUCGAUAUGAUUAAUCGAGAUUUAAAACUUCUUAUGGAUCUAUUGAAGAGAUAUCCUAAAUGUUAUUGGAUAUGGAAUCAUCGGAGAUGGUGUCUUUUUGAAUUAGUAGAGUUAAAUAAAGUUAAUUGGGAAUAUGAGUUUGGGGUUGUAUCGAAAUUAUUGGAAUUGGAUGCAAGAAAUUAUCAUGGAUGGCAAUAUAGAAGAUUUGUGGUUCAAAAUAUAGAACAAGAUUCGUUAAAGAAGAAGAAAGAAUCACAAUCUGAGACUCUCAUCUUAUUGAAUAUAAAUGCUAAUGAAUUCAAUUAUACAACUACAAAGAUUAAAAAGAAUAUAUCCAAUUUUUCAGCAUGGCAUAAUCGAAGUAAAUUGAUUCCAAAGGUAUUUAAAUACUUCAGUGAGGUUUCAGAUAUACCUGAGCCAUUACAAGAGUUAUACAAGACGGUGUUUCAAUCGCCUCAUUUGAUUUUGGUGCAUGACCUUGAAUUGAUCAAAACAGGUAUGUACAUGGAUUCAGAUGAUACAUCCGUCUGGCUCUACCUCUAUUGGUUACUAACAGAAGAGUUCUUUAUCAAAGACUUGACCAAAGAGGUUUACUUGAGUAUAUUGAAGGAACAAUUAAGUAUAAUUGAAGAAUUGAAUGAACUUGAAAAAGAUGAUCAUAAAGAUCAUUGGGAUCAUUGUUGGUGUCUUAAAAGUAUAGUCUUUGUUAAAGUCUUAAUCUACAAACAAUCAAAUGAGGAUGCUUUGUCUGAUGAUAUUAAAGCUCACUUGAAAGAUUUAAUUAAAAUUGAUCCAUUAAGAAAGGCAAAGUACUUAGAUCAACUCGAAGGAAAGGUUAGUAUUAUAUAG